AUGUGGCUCGUCUGAAUCGUAGGCGUGCAGACGAAAGGGUAUACCCACAUCUUCCUCGCUCCGAUUUGCCGUAGUACCCCUUCUGUUCAUUGUUUGUGGUGCUCCAUCUUGUCGAGAAAAAAUUGCGGGAACGCGGAGAGCUACGGCUGCAGGAACAACCGCAGCAGCAGCCGAGGCGAUAAAUCAACAUGUUUUCCAACCCCCAGGAGCUUCGCGAGCGCGCGAUGCGGGCCCAGCAGGGAAAGAAAGACGACACUACUUCGUUGGAGUCUAAGCCGAGCGCGGAGGAGGCCUCAGACGAAGGCGCCGCCGCCGCCGCCGCCGCCCCUGCCGCCGAUGCCGGCGUGGAGGAGCAGCAGACGCCAGCAGCAGCAGGUGGGAAGGGCGGGGACGAGGGCGAAGCAUCCCCGCCCUUGAUGACGCCCGAGCAGGUGGAGGAGUUCUUCAAGAGUACGAUGGCCAGGUUAACGUCGCCCGAGGAGCGAGAGGACAUCAAAUCCAAGGUUACGGUCGACGUUCGGAUCCCGGCUCUGCUGAUCAAGAUCCAGCACGAGGAGCUGGAGAAGAUGGGGGUGAGCAAGAAGGACGGGCAGCAGGCGCUGAACGGGUACACGAGGACCACGGCGGCGGGGGACAAGGAGGCUCACCAGAGGGUGGAGGACUUCACGCACACCGUCUAUGCUACGUUUACGGCGGUAGCUCGGAGUGUGACCGCAGGGGAUAGGCCGGACCAGCGCACGUUCAUCGAGGUGCUGCGCGAUAUGGAGCCGGCGGAGGAAGAAACGGAGGCAAAGCUUACCCCUGCGCAGAUCAUGGAGUUUUUCGAGGCCUGCGACACACUGCUCGCGCUACCAGAAACGAAGGAGUCGCUGCGAAAAGAGUUCCUCGAGACGCAGGUCCCGCCGGACGAGACCAUCGUGGGGAUGCAGAGGAGCAUGCUGCGCACCCUUGGCUUCUCCCCGGACCAUGGGGUGGCCUGCUUGAAUGCCUUCUCGAAGGACUUCCCCGACGACGAGAAGCUGCAGAUGCGCCUGCAGCAGUUUAUGCGAUGCGCGAGCAUGGCGCGGCAGGAGGCCAUGCUUGGUAAGGAGGAGUUGACCAAGAGGAUGCACGUGCACCAGGCUACCGCGAUGAAGGAGCACAAGAUGGCGAUGGAGCUGAGUGCUCUGGACGAGGCGGGCAGGGCCGACCUGACCAAGAGGGUGUCGGAGAUGCAGCGCAGGCACGCCCUGGCGGUGAUGACGCUCACCACCCAGGAGGAGCGCCUCGCGUACAUCAAGGGCAUCCCCACCGAAGAGCAGUGGGACAUCGCCAAGCUCAAGAUGCUCACCAGGCACCUCAAGAUGGCGCAAGACGGCGGCCACGACCACGGCCACGCACAUGGACAGCCGGGCACAGCAGCUGCUCAAGGGCAGAGCGGUUCGCGCGACCAGGGUUCUUGA